ACAAAAACAAACAAGAAAACAAAAAAGCUAUACAAAUGGCUAAUGCAGAUGAGAAAUCUGAUGUUAUAAAAAUAGUCAAAAAUAUAGAAAGCUUCUCAAAUUCCCAAAAUGGUCCCUUGGAAAAGGAAAAAGAUACCAAAAAAACUGAAGAGCUAAUACAAAAAAUUGCAACCCCAAUGAUUAUAAAGAAAGUAUAA